CAGUUCGACUAGGGUUUACCCUGCCUUUGCGCCGCCCCCCGACCUUGGUAUAACCCGCCGUCGCCAGAAACCUUCGGCGCAGAACGCACCGUAAACCACCGAGCACCCGCGAAUACUUGGAAGUCAAGCAAGGCGAAUUCGGCAUGGACUCCUUCUCGUCGCCGUCGAUGUCGUCGUCAGGGUCGUCCCCCAACCCGGAGGCGCUCAUGGAGCAGAUCAAGGCGCAGCUCGCGCAGGCCUAUGCCCAGGAGCUUCUCGAGACCGUUGGGAACAAGUGCUUUGCGAAGUGUGUGACCAAGCCAGGAUCAAGCAUGAGCGGAAGCGAGAGCAGCUGCGUGUCACGCUGUGUUGAUCGUUACAUUGAGGCAACUGGUAUCGUCGGCCGGGCUUUGUUCAGUCACCGUUAAGAAGCUGGGUAGUAAUGAGAUGAGGUGAACUGGUAAUAUGAGGCGAGCUUUUGUCUAGAGUCUUGUGUCGUCAGAAUACAGUAACAGUUGCUACUCAAGUCAUCAUGCGUUGUUGGUUCCGUCGGGAUGCUCGAUGUUUCAUUGCGCCAUUCUAGGUUUGUGAAAAAAACAGGAUGUAUUUGAGUGGUGAAGUUCUUUUGGUUAAACUUGUACUAAUAUUAUUUUUUCUGAGCAACAAAUAACCUCGUGCAGUUCUUCUCGAUGUUAUGUUUAGCCCAGAUUUUACAUGCAAGCAGUUCAGGUGAA